AGUAAAUAAGGAGUCAUGCGGCGUGCAUGCUUGAGUGGUUAAAGAAAAUGAAGGAAUUACGAGCGAAAUUCUUUACGGUAGUCUUUCUAUCUUCCAUCUAUGUCUCUUUCCCAGAAUCUAUCCAGAUCAACAGGUUUAUUUCGCAGCCUAAAGACCCACAAACUUGGAAAAAGGUGUUUGACUGGUUUGUUGUUCCGUCGUCGACUUGUUACCAAGGGAAAAUUGGAACUGGUGGUAACUACUGUAACGAAUCGUGCACAAAAGAUGACUCCAAAGACCAGUACUUGUGUCGCUGUUCCCAUAAAUUUGCCACUGUCACGUAUGUAAAUAACACCUGGAUGUGUCUGGAGAAUAAGUUGGUGCGAAAUAAACUCGGAUGUGUGAACAACACCUUAUUUCAUUAUGAAAGAGAGUGGCAUGAAGUAUACACUCUAAGCACUCAGCCGAGCUGGGGAAGAAAAACAGCAUUAUACAAGAAGGAGACCUGUGUUUUAAACAUUAGUUCUUCCUGGGUCAUUGGAUGUCACGGGGAAAAGACUCCAGUUGACAGACUUACUAAUAGAACAAAGGAAAUCUUUGUCCUUGAAUGGAGUGACAAGAGUAAGGCAUACUAUUUAAAGGUGGUUGAUCCAAUCGCCAUUUUGCAGGGAAGAAUAAUAAAUCUGGGAGUAAGCUGCUCCCAGCCUCCUUCUGGCAUCAAAGAAGGCUGCCUACUCUUCAAACUGGAAGGAAAUAUCACCUGUAACCUCGCGUUUGGAAGACUUUCAUGGAAAUUGAAAGGUUAA